AUGCCCGAGCCCCAAUCCUCCUCCUCCGAGUCCGGCACCCUCACCCCCUCGGCGGUCGCACAGUCGCCCUCGCCCCUCGCGAUGGAGGUCGACCCGGCCGACACCGCGGAGGUCACGCGACGGCUGACCGCUGUCGCCCGGAUGCUGGCCCCGGAGCCCGACCCACCUAAACGACCCCAGCCACCGCCACCCCCGUUCCCUAGUUCCGCCUGGCCACCCCUGCCCCCACCAGCCCCCUUCCUCGCCUCCGAACCCUCAUCCCCUCCGCGGCGAACGGCGAAGAAAAAGGAACAACUCACCUGGGGUGAGAGAAUGAAUCCCUCACCGACUAAAGGCAGCGUGCAGCCCGAAGAACCGUCCCCGGAACGACAGGAGUCAAGUCGGAGGCCCCUAACCUCAAAAGUCACUUCGGACGAGCAGCCACACGACUCCGAACGAUGGCUCGUCGGGCCUCCGGCGUCGAGACUCCAUCCCGGUGGAUAUCCCUCGUCGUCAUAA